UAAUUAAUGGCUGAGAAAAAUUCAAAUGCCAUCUCUGAAAGGACUGGGUGGAAGACAGCAUGAUCAGGGUUUGCUGGAAGCAUUUCAGCGUUCAUUUUCCAUCCUCUAGAAAACUUGAAGCUUCGUCUUCAGGCGAAUGAUGGGAUGAGUAAUAAUCACCUCCCUCAUUACAGGGGGUUAGUAAAUACAGCUAAAAUAAUGUACCAGACAGAAGGGAUGGUUUCGUUCUUUAGGGGUGUUUUUGUCAACUUCCUCGGAAACUCCUCUGCAAAUUUUAUAUUUUUCUACAUGUAUGCUGUAGAGAAGCGAAGAUGGAACUAUGACAGAGAAACAUCUCCUUCUUGGGUACCAGCAAUAAUCUCUUUAGAAUCAGGAGUUGUUGCUUGCCUUAUUACUAAUCCUAUAUGGACAGUUAAGACAAGGCUAGGGUUGCACCUGAACACUCAGGGUAAAGCCCUUAGUGGCUUUGGGUUGACCAGAAAGAUUGUGACUGACAUGUGGUCAAAAGAAGGUCCGACUAGUUUCUACAGAGGCUUUCCAGCAGCUUGAUUACUCAGCAUUUACGGUGUAAUUCAGAUGACGUGAUAUGAAAACUUAAACAAAUUGUUUGGGUAUAAAGAAUCAGAGAAAUCAUAUAAGAAAAUAUCACCCUUCUUUAUUGGUGGCAUCAGUAAAUGUCUAGCGUCAACACUUUUGCAUCCCUUGACUUUAGUCAAGACUAGGCAGCAGAAACAGAGGUUUAGCACAAAGGAAGCGCAGAGAAUUAUUGACAAAAAUUUGAGUGAAGAAGUAACAAAAGCAGCUAAAAAUGCAGAUGUAUAUUAUGUAACAAUCCAUGAUAGUGCAAAGUCUAUUUUCAGAAACGAAGGAAUGAGAGGUUUCUAUAAAGGUCUUUCUCCAAAUUUAAUAAGAAUCUUCCCUUCUAGUGGAGUAUUUUUCAUGAUUUAUGAAGCAAUGUUAAAAUUUUUAGAGUAAUUUCAGCAGUAUCUAAAA